UAAUUUUUUUGCUUCAUGCACAGUUCAAGAAGUCACAAGCAGCUGAUGACUAUAAGCCAGCCUGGGGUUUGUCGCUACGGUUCUAAGCUCGAAUGCUGUUAUGGCUGGCGAAAGAACAAAGGGCACUGUGAAGCCACCUGUGAACAUGGGUGCAAAUAUGGCGAGUGUGUGGGGCCAAAUAAAUGCAAAUGUUUUCCUGGAUUUACAGGGAAAACCUGCAAUCAAGAUACGAAUGAAUGUGGAUUGAAACCCCGUCCCUGUGAGCAUAGAUGUAUGAACACCCAUGGCAGCUACAAGUGUUAUUGCCUCAAUGGCUACAUGCUUAUGCCAGAUGGCACAUGUUCAAACUCUAAGACGUGUGGUAUGGUGAACUGUCAGUAUGGAUGUGAAGCAGUCAAAGACGAGGUGCGGUGUCUGUGUCCAUCAACUGGACUUCAGCUGGGACCAAAUGGAAGGACAUGUAUAGAUAUUGAUGAGUGUUCCACUGGCAAAGCUAUUUGCUCUUAUAACCGCAGAUGUGUCAACACAUUUGGAAGCUACUAUUGCAAGUGUCAGAUUGGUUAUGAACUGAAAUAUGUCAGUGGCCAUUAUGACUGUGUAGAUAAAAAUGAAUGUGCUGCAAGUACGCACAAGUGUAACAUCCAUGCAGAGUGCCUCAAUACUCAGGGAUCCUUCAAGUGCAAAUGUAAACAGGGCUAUAGAGGUAAUGGAUUUGAAUGUUCUGUUAUCCCAGAAAAUUUGGUGAAGGAAGUCACAAGAAUCCCUGGAGCCAUGAAGGACACAAUCAAGAAACUUCUUGCACACAAAAGCAGUGUGAAAAAACAUGACGAGCUGAAGAAUGUGAUCCCAGAACCAGCCAUGACACCAGCUUCUAAGGUUCACUUGCCAUCCUUGGAUUAUGAGGAUGGCAUUUACGUUGGAGGGAUUUAUGAAGAAGAGGAGAAAGGUACUGAAGAUGCUGUAGAGGUGGAAGAACAGGAGGACCUUGAGAACCAGAUUGACCAUGAACAAAUCCUUAGAGGAGAUGUCUUUAUUCCUAAGGUUAAAGAAGCAGCGGCCUUUGGUCCUCCUGUCCGGGCACAAAGAAAAGUUCUAGAAUCAAAACCAGAGCAGGAAGUUGAUUGCAGCUUCAGUCAAGGGAUUUGUAACUGGAAACAAGAUACCGAUGAUGACUUUGACUGGAAUCCUGCUGAUCGAGAAAAUGGUGAUGGAUAUUACAUGGCAGUUCCAGCCUUUGUGGGGCACAAAAAGAACAUUGGCCGCCUGAAACUUCUCCUCACUGACCUGAAGCCAAAGAGGAGCUACUGUUUGAUUUUCAGUUAUCGCCUUGCUGGAGAGAGGGUGGGGAAACUCAGAGUAUUCCUGGGCAGCCAGAGAAGCGCUCCUCCUGCCUGGGAGCAGAGCAGAGGAAAAGAUGAAAGGUGGAGGACUGGAAAAAUAGAAAUGCUUCAGGGAUCAGAGACUACUAAAAAUAUCAUUUUUGAAUCAGAACGCGGGAAGGGCAAAACUGGAGAAAUCGGAGUGGACACUGUAAUACUGGUUUCAGGCUUGUGCCCUAAGGAUCACUUGAUAAUGGAUAUCUGAGCUUGUUAUUUCUAUUCUUAUUUUAAUAUUUGUUUUACUAGUACUGUAUUUUGUUACAUCAUGACAAAUCCGGAAAAUGUCUUGAACUUAAUGCAGUAAUGCAAACUGACAUUCAAAAGAGUGCAAAAUCCUUUUUAGGUACACAUUUUUCUAUCAGAUAUAUUAAUACUUGCUUUGAAUCUAGCACUACUAUGUUCAAGGUAAGAGUUUAUAAAGUAUGGAAUUAUUUGUCUUUCUUUUCUACAGUACAUAUGCUUUAUUUAUAUAAAAUACCUUUUAAAGCAUGUCCUUAUGUCUUAUAUUCCACUUUGUCCACUUCAAAAGCACAAAGCAGUAUUUAAAAUAUCUUUAUUAUCUCUAAUGACAUUUAUAUGACCCUAGAACAACUUGUUUUACCCUAAGUGCCUUACCUGUGAUUAUUAACAGUAUAACAUUUGAUCUCAAACUGUAAAAUGUAUGUUUUCAAGAGGCCCUGAUCCUGCAGUGUGUUACCUCUUGUGUAAUCAUUUUUACCUCUGUAAAAAGAGUGUCAAACAGUAUAUAGCGGCAUGGCACCCCUUCUGGUCAGGCAUGUCCACAGUUUUUAAAAACAGUUCCAGCCCAGUUACAGGCCAUAUACCCAGAAUGUCCUCCUUGGAAGUGAUGGUUUCACCCUCUUGUUCUGCUCUAGCCUCAGCUCUCUAGUGGGGCCUCUUAGCAUUUCAGCAGUUUGGGAGUUAUUGUUGUCCAGUUUAAGCCACUUCACCUACUGGCCUAUGGUGUGGAUCUGUGCCCACCCACUACUGCAGGUCCAGCCACAGACUGCCAUGUCCUUUUAACUUGCUUUCCAUUCCCUGGACCACUUCACCACAGCCUUCACCCAUGCCUCACCCAUAGCUCAGGGCUCUUCUAAGUUCAGGUGCAGAAGCCAGACAGUAGCUCAUCACUUCCCUGGAUUCUAUGAACUCUGACCUGUCUGUGGUACUGCAAUUCCCUUUAGCCAGCCAGGAGCACCAUUUGCACUACUCUGAUUCCAACAAAGAAUUUCCCAUCUCUGUCUCUGCAGCUCCUGUUUAUAUGGCCCUCCCAGGUCCUGAUUGGCUGCUUCCCCCCACAGCUUCUUUAGCCCACUUUAAGGACUUUUUCCACUUCUCCUUUCCUGGGAUGGGUGUGACAGGAGGGGCCUCUGGGCUUAGUCCACCCUAUUAGACCCUACUAUUCUGAUUUUUUUACAACCACAUUGUACUCACUUUACACUGGUAUAAAUGACUAUACAAAGGCGCAAGUCAAUUAAAUCUCCCAGGCUCAAGGUAUUUUUUAAGCAAAGUAAUAUUAUUGGGGGCUUCACAGCAUAAAAA